AUGUUGAUGUACCUGCAGGUGGGAGGACUGCGAGCUGCCAAGUUUAAACAUUACUCUUACUUUAAUUACAAGCGGACCUGGGCAGAAGCACAGGUCUUCUGCAGGAGGAAUCACACUGACCUGGUCACCAUCAGAAAUGAAGAAGAGAAUCGGGCCUUUCUCAAUAUCUACGGCUGGAUCGGUUUGUACCGAGAGGACUCAAACAGUCCAUGGAAAUGGUCCAGAGGAGGAGAGAUAGCCAACUUCAUCACCUGGGUGUCAGGCGCACACCAUGUCUCUACCUCACUUCUCCUACUUCUUGCAGAGCCAGACUCAGGUGAUCAUUGUGGUUUUAAGUACAGCACAACAAAAGAAUGGCGAAGUGGUCCCUGUGAGGACAAACGUGGUUUCUUGUGUUUUGACAAGAAGCUGGUUCUGGUGAAGGAAAAGAGGACGUGGGAGACAGCACUAAAGUACUGCAGGAAUAUGGGGGCGUUGGACACAAGUAAUCCUGUCUCGGACUACCAAAACCACCGCUAUGACCUCGCCACCCUGAUCACUCAAGAUGACCACGACUUUGCACGAGAGACAGCACGAGAAGCUGUCACUGGAGAGGUACGACAGUUUUACCACAGUGUAUUGUGUUACUGAGCAAGCUCGUCCUCUGUGUUUACAUCCCUCUGCUAAAUGUUGGUAGGUGUGGACGGGCCUGCGUUUCCUGGCCGGUGGGUGGAUGUGGGUGGGUGGAGAAAAAGUGACGUACCAGGGUAUUAAAGGCUGCCCGACGACAAAGCUCUGUGGCACCCUGGCGAAGAACAGCACCAGACCGUUCGGGAGAAGGGACUGCAAGGAGAAACUGAA